AUGCUUGAGUUGUUUAAUGAGCUAUUUGAAGAAUUUAAGGGUCGUUGUGGUUGUAGUGUUGAGAAGUUUCUUGAGAAUUUGCCUAAUGAGUGUUGGUGUAACGCUUAUUUUCAAGGCAAGAGGUAUGGUGAAAUGUGCACAAAUGCUGCAGAAUCUUUUAAUUCAUGGAUUAGGGAUGAAUGCCAUUUGUUUUCAACUAGUCUUGUUGAUGCUAUACGGGUGAAACUAAUGGAGCAAUUUUCAAGAAGAAGAGAAGUUGGGAAUAAGUGGAAUCAUAUUGUUUGUCCUUUUGUAGAGAAAAAGUUGGAAGAAGCUUUUAAUGAUACAAAAGCAUGGAUAGUUAAGAAAUGUAGCGAUGACAUUUAUGAAAUCCAAUUGGAUCAUUCAGUUAUGGUUGAUAUUGGGAAACGUUAUUGUUCUUGUCGAUUGUGGGAAAUUGAUUCUUUUCCUUGCAAAAAUGAUUUUUGUGCUAUAAAGAGGAAUGAGAAGGAUCUGAAUUGCUUUCUUGAUGAUUACUAUUAUGUUAGUAGUUAUUGUGAUUCUUAUUCACAUUCUAUCUAUCUAGUUCUUAGUAUGUGGAAGCCAAAUGUAGUUGUUGAUGAUGACGUUGUUUUACCUCCUCUUUGUAAGAGACCAGCUGGACGUCAAAGAACGGAGAAAAUACCUUCUAAGGGCGAAAUCAAGAGAAUUAGGUGCAAUAGGUGUGGAAAGAUGGGAACUCAUAAUCGGAAGACAUGUAAAGAAGCAUUGCUUUAG